AUGGUUUUUUCGGAGAUUAACAGCCGUUGUCAAGUGGAUCUAAUUGACAUGCAAUCCCAUCCGGAUAGAGAAUACAAAUUUAUUAUGGUGUAUCAGGACCACUUAACUAAGUUUGUUCAAAUACGUCCAUUAACGUCGAAAAGGGCUGAGGAAGUAGCUAAGAGCCUGGUAGACAUAUUUUGUAUUUUCGGCGCCCCAUCUAUACUACAAUCGGACAACGGCCGGGAGUUCGCCAACCAUGUCAUUGAAGAGUUAUGUACGAUGUGGCGUGGCCUUAAAAUAGUCCAUGGGAAACCACGUCACAGUCAGUCACAAGGCAGCGUGGAAAGAGCAAAUCAAGAUAUACAGAACAUGCUUAUGACGUGGAUGGACGAUGAAAACUGCACGCGAUGGUCAGAAGGUCUAAGAUAUGUUCAGUUAAUGAAAAAUAGGGCAUACCAUGAUGGGAUAAAACAAGCUCCUUAUGCCACCAUGUUUGGGCAUGAUAUUAAAGUCGGCCUAUCCACAUCAGCUUUUCCAAAAGAAGCUAUUGAAAAUCUACGAACCGAAGAAGAGCUCGAGAAAGAAGAGGGUAGGGGACAAGAUGCUUCCCUGAGGGACACCUGCGUUAAUUUGAAACCUAUGCGAGGUUUCUCCAUCAACGACCACCUGGAUGGAUCGGUUCUCAAGGAAGCUUCCAUAAGAGGCAAACCAUAA